AUGCGGGGUUUUGCAGAUUCGUUCUGGACUCCCGACUAUGCCAGCGGGUUGGGUGUCCUGAUAUCCAAGUUGCAGCAGGGAAUAGUGGAGAAUCAGCAAAUACUCACCAUUGCCAACAUGCGUGCCGCUGCGGAGGAACAGUACAGCUCAAAACUCGGCGAAAUAGCCCCCGCAAUCGAUCGCAUGACGAAUGGCUUUGCAAGAGAUGAUGGUGCCAGUGUCCGAAAGGCGUACGAGGGGAUCCGCAGCGAAAUGAUCGAAGCGACAAAAAAUCAUCAGAAAAUCGCAAACAGUAUCCGUGAACUCGUCGUCAACCCCUUUGGUCGCUGGGCCGAUCAGCACGAACUUCGAAUCCUCAACAGCCAAGAAGAGCUCCAGAUCAGGAUCAAGGAGCACUAUAAGCAGUCAGAGACCGUGAAGAAGCUGAGGACCCAGUACUUCAACAAAUGUCGCUUGGUCGAGGACUUGGAAGAGGAGAACAAAUUGGCUUUUCAAAGCCCCGAAAAGGAGAGUGCUGAUAGCCCCAAAGGUGCGCCUCCUCAUCCACCAACCAUCGUGCUUCCUGAUGCUUCAGAAGACUUCGAACCGGUGGAACUGGGGGACAAAAUUUUCCCACCAGAAGAGCUCAAGAAACUGUUGACUCAUAUGUUGGAAUCCAUUAAACUCGGGGAGGUUAAGUUUCCCAUUUUAGGCACCUAUCAAAAUACGUCCACUGGUGCAGACAUUGUGGACUUUAUUCAGAAAAGCAUGGGUGCGUCGACCGUCAGCUAUGCGGAAAGAAUCGGCCAAGAUCUGGUGGACAAUGGCUUCUUGCGCCUUGUUGGAAACGUUGGCAGCACUUUUGCCAACAGCUCGAGAAUGAAUUACCAGUGGCGUUCAAAAUCUUUCCAGAUUUCAGGUAUUCCUGAGAAAAAGAAGCCGCUGAUGCGGGUCACAUCGAUGGGGUCUGGAGGCGACGAGGUUGCGGAUUCUCCCACUGCUGUUGCCGUUGCUGAUUUAUUCUCCCAAUGGAACCCACUUAAUAACUCGAAUCCUAAUGAGACCCCCGCCCAAAAGCUUCGACGCGAAGCCCGGGAAGCCGAUGAGCGAUACAAGGCUGCAGUGAAAAAACUCGACCGCUUACGAUGCCAUCUUGAGGAAGAAAUGAUAGACUAUCUCAAGUUCAUGGAACGCUGUGAACUAGAUCGUUUGAAGGCUAUCAAAGCGGUUGUGUUAGAUUUCUCGGGAGCAAUUAGCAAUGUCGUUCCGUCUCUGCGCAGCACAGUCGACAAGAUGAUGCUAUAUCAAGAGACUAUCCAGCCCCUUGGAGACCUGAGAUAUUUGUUGGAGAAUUAUCGUACUGGAGCAUUUGUUCCCCGCGUUCAGCCUUAUGAGAACUAUUAUGGCAAUGUUGACGAACAAACCUUCGGUGUAGAUCUGGAAGCCAGGGCUCGGGCGGAUAGGAAGCGUGUUCCUAUCUUGAUUACAACUAUCUUGACCUAUCUUGACAAUCACUAUCCGGACCUCGAGGGAGACGAAGCGCGCCGUGCUAUUUGGCUGCAUGAAGUUCCUCUCGUCGUCUCGCAUCAUUUACGCAAUGCUUUGAAUAAUGGAAAGCCAUUUAGCCAUGAAGUUUUAGAAAAAUACGACAUACCCGUUGUUGCGAAUGUUUUGAAAUUAUAUCUUCUUGAACUCCCUGAUUCUCUUGUUUCGUCUCAGGUUUACGAAAUCGUGAAGACGAUAUAUACCACAACAAAUGAGGCUCCUGCCGAAAGUCGCGUCAAGGUUCUUCAAAGUACUCUUGGACAGCUCCGCCUCAACAACAUCGCCACUCUUGACGCUAUCAUUACUCACUUUACUCGCCUGAUAGACCUCACAUCCGCAGACGAAGCCUACGUUACAGCCCUAGCACAAAAUAUGGCGCCUUGUAUUCUCCGCCCACGGCUCGAGAAUAACCUCACCAUGGAUGAACGACACAGCUACCGCCUCCUUCGCGACCUGUUCGACCACAAGGAUGAAAUUUUUGGCGAACUGAAACGCCAAUCAAGCACGUUGGGUAGCCUCGGGCCAGGAUCGAGACCCCGCGCCAUCAGCACUGACGAAAGCAACCGGCGCGCAAACAUGGAGGCCCGCCAACGAGCUAUCGUCGAUCGCAGCCGUGCCAAUAGCCCCGCCCCCGCCAACCGGCACAGACGUGAUAAAUCAAUCGGCGGCGAAUCGACCCGCUUCCCUGUCAACGUCAGCAGCCCUCCUGCAUCUGCCACGGGCCGAGGACCUCGCCAUAGUCUCGAGGUCCCAGAUUCAGCCGGCUCGUCUCCAGCCGCAGAUCGUACCGGCAAACCCACCAUUCCAUCCGCAACAGUCCGCGACUCCAUAACCACCAAUGGCAGCGCCGGCGCCAGCACCGUUGGCGGCGACCACGCUGCAACAGACAGCAUUAGCUCGACCACCACAUUAUCUGACCCCCACGCGCCCGCCAGUACUGUCAACAACGUCAUGGAGAAGAGCAAUUCCUUAUCCCGUUCGAGCGGGCGGUAUAGCCGCAUCACUGGGUUAAAGCGCGAUAGCGUGGCAGAGAAUGACAAGGUUGCAUCUGAGGCUCCGAAACCUGCCGGUGUGACAUUGCAGGAUGCGCCGAUGGAUGACUAA